AUGGAAUCUUCUUCGUUGAUCACUCCAGAAGAUGUUUUGGAGAGUUUGAUGAAUGAUGGUACCAUCGAUGCCAUGAGACUGAAGAUUAUCAAUCAGCUCAAAGCUAAUGAAGAGCUUAAGAAUACCACCAUUAAAAUGGCAGAACAAAGUAAAGUUCUUAACACUCCUGGAGCAGAAAAGCAGACAAAAAGAGAGUUGUUUGAUGCACUCCGGCAAGAACUUGAAACGUCAGUGCUUGAGAAAGCCUCUAAGUCGGUUUGGGAGUUAAUCUUGGACAACAAUGGACUGGGGAAGGAAAUAAGUGAAACUGUUGAACGGGUAUUUUGUCGGUUAAGUGGCCGUGAGCCUCCAUUAUUCCCAUCAAAUGUUGAUACCCAAUCCGACAAAGGCAAAGAUGUAGAAAUUGGGAAGGAGAACUCAGACUCCACAUCAAAGAAAAGAAAAUUUGAUGAGGUGAACUCUGAAGAUGGGGCAGAUGAAGUUGCAAGUGGAUCUAGCAAACCUUCUGCUGCAUCAGAUGAUUCUGGCAAGGUUGCAAAGUGA